UUCUAUACUAGUCGUUCCCCCACCAACCUUAUCCUCUUUUCCAAUGUUCCCAAGGCGCAGGUGGAGGGAGAAAAAACAGAGGAGGUGCGGCCGGCGCGGCAGCUCGCCGGCGGCGGCUGACAUGGCGACAUGCAGGGGGGCGAGCGGAAAGCGGGUCGGGGAGGCUUUGAGGAUGCGACCGUUGCUCGGGAGCUCCUCUCUCGCAGGAGCUCGGGCAUGGAGGCGCGACGUUCUCUUCUUCGUCGGCGUCCAAAUCGACGAUAGGAUGACAGAUGGCUUGCGCCACCAAGCAGGAACGCCCGCCCGACGACCUCCGGUGGCCUCGAGCGCGGGUCAAGACGGCGACCUCGAGUGUGGGUCACGGCGGCGGCCUCGAGUGUGGUGACACGGCGGUGGCCUCGAGCGCGGAAGAAGCAUGGGCUCGUUGACGGUUCGAGCGCGUCGAUUUCUCUGGCGAUUUUUCGUCCCCGUCGUGGUUCCCGUCGAUGGGCGUCCCGUAUGCCCCCUCCCUCGUUGCCUUUCUUCCCGAGGACGUCGGCAAGGUGCUUUCAGGAGGUGGGGCACGGAGGGGGAGGAGUUGCGGCGGACAUCGUCAUGGGGAGGAGGCGUACGGCGCGACCGCGCCGCCAUCGGAUUGUGCUGGAGUCUGCCACCCUGUGGAGGAGCUGUUGGUGUUGCUUCGUCCAAUCCCCACCUUCAAGUGCCGAUAUCAGUCCAGGAGUGUCCGAUAUUACUGCAAAUAUGUUGGGGACGUCGUCUCCAGCCACCUGCACAUAUUGGAACAAAGUUAAUUGGUUGUCCGAUCUUAUGGAAAGCUUCUACCAAUUUGACUUAUGGUGAUUUGUUUUCUUUGUUUAGGAUGAAUGCCCACAACACAUCUUUCAUCUGAAGGUGUAUGUUGUGUUCCUCUUGGGUGUAGUUACUUUUAUAUUAUUAUAUAAAAAUUAAGGCAAACAUCAUAUACUGAACGCGAUGAAGUAAGAUUUAUUUAGAUUUUUCAGUUGCAGUAAUUUAUGCAAAGUUCCUUCCACUAAUUAGAAUUAUAUUUCCUUUCAUGUUUAAUUACAGUAUUAGCUGCACUGUAUAUCAUUCCCAUAAGUGACCCUUGACCCUUCUUUUC